UUAUGUUGACUGACGGUGAUGUCCCAUAGGAAACAAGACGCUAACCGGGAAAUGUGAAAUGCAUUUAUUUCUAAGUGAGCACGAACGUUGUGAAAAUCUUAUUUUACCAGUGUUAGGAUAUCGAAGGUAACGAUGAAUUGGGAAAUUAGCUGUGCCGACAUGUGUCGAGCGUGCAUGAAAGUUGACGGCGUUCUUCUUCCAAUGUACGAUGACGACACGAUUAGUCAAAAAAAUUUGCCUAAUAAACUUGCAGAGCUUGCAUCGAUACAGAUCGACAGAUUCGAUGGGUUGCCAAAUAUGCUUUGUGCAAAGUGUGCUUAUCGCACAGAUGCAUUUUAUGAUUUCAAGUUGCAAGUUCAAGCUACUGAAAGGAAACUCCGCAAAAUGUUUGAAACACAUAUCCGCUAUAACAUAAAGGAGGAGGCAGUGGGCAAUGAUUUUGAACAAGACUGUUCAGAACAAUCGGACGAAUUGUUAGAAAUUAAACUAUUAGAUAACAAAGAAGAUAUUAGGCCUAUCAAUGGGACGGAUAGUUCAGAAGAAUUUUUGUCCGAGCGAAUUACUAUAAACGACAAAGGAGAGCAAGCAUUAGAGCUCGAUGUGUCCGAUCUGGUAGAAGAAAAUGGCGAAUUUAACAAGGCUAGCAUAUCUGGAUUAAAAGGUAUUAUCAUUUCGAAGCUGUCAGGAGCAGAGAUCGAUCAAGACAAACGAUUGAAGAACGAGAUUCCUGAUGAAAUUUCGAAAAUUUUGGAAUCCCAGCAGCUAGAUUAUACCAUAAUGUAUAUACCGGAAGAUGUUUCUUUAGAGCACGUAGAGCAUGUGAAUACCCAGAAUACGCUUUCUUGCGAUACUGUGAUUAAAUUAGAUGAUAGCAAAAAGAUUACCGAGGCUGACUGUAAUGGGGAGCUCCUACACGAAACUGUGGACAACGAGGAGUUUUUAAAUGCCGUGUGCAACGAGAAGAUUGUGAAAUCACGGGAGGAAGAUAACAAAAUCAGCGACGACGAGGUGGCCUGGAAACCUACGAUUCCGGAAGAAAAAUCAAUGGAAAGACUAAACGAGAAAAACACACAAAAACAUUCGCCGGAAUCGAAUCAACAGCCAGAAGAGAGUGAUGACUCUGACUCCGAUUAUUUUGUCGACCCGAAAGAUAAUAUAUUAGGUAGCUUGAAUGAUACAAUAACGAGAAUAAAGGAGAUAAAACUCGAAGACGACGUGAUACAGUAUCAGUGCACUUUGUGUUUGCAAAAUUACGAUAAGCUGACCGGUGUCUUGUUGCAUACUAUAGACAAUCAUGUGCCGAGUAGCGGUCCAUUCUUUUGCGUGGUAUGCGAGAAAGACUGUCAGAGUCAUAGAGAAUUGCGUGCGCAUGUUAAAACGCAUAGAGGCCAGUUCCCUUAUUCCUGUUUCAUAUGCAACAAAGCUUACACGAUGAAGAGGUAUUUAAAGAGGCAUAUGGUGUGUCACACGGAGUUUCAUAGGCAUCGUUGUCCAAAAUGUGGCCUCAGAUUCAAAGUUAAAUCAGAGUUAGAAACCCACAUUACGACACACAUACGCGGUGCGCCUUACUCCUGUAGUCAAUGUCCACGACUGUUCAAUCAUAAAGGUAACUAUAAGCGGCAUUUGAUUACUCACUUGGAUCCGCAAGGUCUUCACUUACCCAAGUAUCCUUGUAAAGUUUGUGGAAAAAGAUUUCUAAAUAAUCGCACUUUAGAGACACAUAUGCGCGUUCACACAGGUGAAAAACCGUUCAAAUGCGAGAUAUGUGGACGGUCGUUCUCUCAACAAGGAAAUUUGUUGAAUCAUGUAAGAAUCCACUCAAACCCGCGAAGCUACACGUGCGAGGUUUGCGGAAAGCGAUUCAACCAAAGGGCCACUCUGAGAGAUCAUAGUCUUCUACACACUGGAGAAAAACCAUAUGUUUGUAAUGUUUGCGGAAUAGCGUUUACUUUUAGCGCUGCGUUGAGACGCCACAUGUGGACUCAUACUGGUGGAAAACCAUUCGGAUGUGAAAUUUGUAGUGCUCGUUUCGUGGGCAAAUAUGAUUUGCGACGACAUAUGAGGAUACACACGGAUAGACCGAGAACGAAACGAAGAAAAAACGUGAUCAAAUCGAACAAUGAACAGGAAGCAAUUAAAGAAGAAGAUGUUACAGUUUCGGAACAUCCUGAUACAGAGACCGUUUUAAUAGAACAAGUUUUGUUAACGCAAAACGUUACGCAGGUUGUACAACAAGAGUCCGAGAAAGAAAAUGUCGAUGCACUUUUUAAUCUUAUACAAUAUGGUUAAUAGAACCUCUUUUUACCACGCUUGGAUCACAUAAGUACUGAUUCUGACUUUUUUAAUUUAACAUUUAUUAGUAUUAAUUUAAUAAUAUUAAUAAUAAGAAUACGCAGUUUUUCGUUUUGUAAUUAAUUAUCAUAAACAUUAAUUGAAAAAUAUCAAAAAAGCAUCUCUAAAUUGCCGUUAUAAACUUUAUAUUUGAUGAAAAUAUUACAUUACUAUAUUUUUAGAAAACGUUGUAUAUUUUUAUCAAAUAAGUGUAUAUAAUUAUUAUUUAACGUUAACGAUGAUUAUUUGUGAUUCUAGAAAUUCGUGAUCUUGCAAAAUGUUAGAAAGUAAAAGAUAUAUGCUUUCUAUAAUUUCUGUUCAUAAUAUUUCUCUCAUGAAGCUUAUGUUUAACAAUUUUUUAUUUUUACAAACUCUUCAUCCAUGUAGAUGUAACACAACAAAAAUAUUUAAACGUUAUAAAUUAUGUACACUUUUAUUUUUAGUUUCAUUCGAAUCAAUAUGGAAAGGUAUUAUAGAAAUGGUGGAUAAAUGUAUUUUAGUUGUCUAAGAUGUGUUGAUGUGUAAAUUGUAUUAAGUUAGACAAUUAUCUUUAUCCUCUAUUCUCCUAUGAUCAUACACGUGAAUGUACACAAUAGAUAUAUACAACAGAUUCACAAUGUGAUCCACAAAAUAUAAUUAUAUAUUUCAACACAUUUGCUGUUUGUGUUCCUAUAUCAUGAGUUUGUAAAAUAAAUGCAUUCUCAUAUUAAUUUAUAGAUAUAUUUCACGACAGUAUCUGAAAAAUGAGCGAAUGUAUAUGACAACAAAAUGAAUCAUUGGGAAGCGUAGAAACAUAUUUCAAAAUUGUUGUUGAUCAGUGGUAAAAGUAUGAAUGAAAAAAAUGUAAUGUAUAAGAUAAUAAUGAAAGUUAUUUAUAUUAUAUUAUUUAUUAAUAUUAGACACGUGUAGUAUGAGAUAAACAUAAAAUAUGUACUUUGAAAUACCAAAAUAUAUAGAUCAUAAUUCAUUUUAUCAGCAUAGUUGGAUGAAAUCGACCUGAUUUUUCUUUAGUUGUUCAAUUAUAAUUAAAGUAAUAAUGCAAACGUAAAUGGUACACAUGUGCGAAAAAAAGGUUUAUUGUAAUGCAGCUUUUUGACCAUACUUUUUUGUAUGAAUAUAUAAGAGUAGUAAAAUUGAUGGAAAAUAGAUAUUAUUUAAGUAAUCUGAAAUUGAAUUCAAUGAAAUUCAUAAAUCUAAUUACAUAAUAUUACCAUAUCUAAUUACCAUGUAGCUUAAAGGAAAUCUAUAUGAUUCGUGUAGUUAUAAUUUUGUAAAAGACUGUGGAUGUUUUAGAUAAAUAUAAUUUUAUUAAUUUUUUAAAUGCUGAGAAUAGGACUAAUAACAAGUGUCAAUGGUUAUUGUCAUCUCUUUAAUUGACAUAAAGAUAUAUUAUUUAAAAAUUGUGUUCAAAAUUAUUAGAUUUAAUUUGCACAUGCAAAUAUAAUAUAAAACAUUUGCACAUGUCUAAUAGUAAUAGAUACUACAUAUUUAUUUUUAAAAUAAUGGUCUGUGCAGUUGAUUUAAGAUUAAUAUAUACCAAAAUGUUUUCAACACAGAAGUAUUAUAUUUUCAAAUAUAUAUAAGAUUUUUUCUUUUAAGGAAAAAUCAAAUUUUUUUCAUAUUUGAUCGAAAGUGUAUUCCAUAUUAUUUUUAUAAUUGCACAAAUUAAUAUGCAAUGAUCACUGAGAGUAACGAAUAUUGUAUAAAGUAUGUAUAUAAUGCUCUUUAUAUUAUAUUAUAUACAGUAUAUUUUAAAACCUAUGAUUUGCUAUUACAACUUCACAAAUAUUUAGAUGUAUCGAAUAAUAAUAGAUAAGAUACUCGUGAGUGAGGAAAUGUCACUACACAUCUGUAAAUUUAUGUAUUUUUCAAGUCUAAAAAAGAUUUGAAUUAUUUAAUAUACUGCUCAAUACUUAAAAUUUUCUGUCCAA